GAGACACAGGCUCCCUGUGGGGAACCUAAUGCCUGACUUGAUCCCAGGACGCUGGGAUCACGACCUGAGCUGAAGGCAGACACUCAACCUCUGAGCCUUCCAGGUGCCCCACGCCCAGCCUUUCUUUUUGGGGAAUUCGGAUGGUAAUGGGGGUUGGGGCUUUAAUUAUUUAGAAGCCUAGUAGGCGCGUUUCACUUCAUUAAACUCAGGCGCAGCACCAAGAGGCCGUCCCUGACUCACCCAAGCUCUGGGGCUCUGAGAGGUCAGUGACUUGGCCUAGGGACCCCAACCAGCCAGGGGCCGGCCUGGGAUUCCGCGCCAGCCCCCACGCUCUCUCCAGCACCCGCUGUCUGCAGAGAGGCGGUCGCUGCUCCCUGGCGCCCCGGAUUGGCCGAGGACUAAAUGGGGACCCGCUGACCCACUCGCGUCCCAGCUCCAGUCCGCAGGGAGAGAGCUGGCCCAGCCAGGGUGCCUCCGCACCCCUGGAGAGCCCGGAGUCUGGGUCGUCGGGUCCCGCCCCGUGCGGCGCUCCUGCGGCUCCGGGAUCCCGGCUCCAUCAUCCCGGGCGGGGGCCAGUCCGAGCCUCGAACCCACGCCCCGUUCUUUCCAGCCCGGCCUUCGGCUCUGCGGCCGGAUCCCUAGCUGGGCGCAGCGGCCGGCCUGGGAAGGGUGGGCAGGACACCACGCCCGGGCAAUGCUGCGGCCCCGCACGGAAGGGGUGUCGCCUGCAGGUCACCCAGAGGACACCAGGACGGGAAUUCCUGGGGUGGGAGUGAGGCGAGGAAGGCGAAGUGGAAAUUGGAGAGGCUAGGCGUUGGAUAGACCGGGACGCAUUGCCGGGUCCUGCGGCCCGACCUCGAGGACCACCGAGGGGGUGCGGAGAGGAGGGGAGCGCGCACAGGACCCCUCCGCUCGCCCCCUGCCCCUUCUCCCUGCUCUGGACGCUCCAGACCCCAGCCCGGGCCUAGCUGCUUCCCGCUCCACGAUCGCUGCACGCCCCGUCGGAUCCAGGUAGAGAAGAGGGAGCCGCGCGCAGGCGGAGGAGGACUGGGUGGCCGGGCGCUGGCGGGCUCCGCAGCGGGUCCCCGCACCGGGCACGUCCGCCGCCUUCCUGAGCUCUCCCAGAAGAUGUCGGGCGCUAUCUUCGCGCCCCUGGACGGCCUGGGUGCCCUGGACGCCGCGAGCGGCCACCCGCUGGUGUGCCCGCUGUGCCACGCACAGUUCGAGUGUCCGUGCCUGCUGGACUGCUUCCACGACUUUUGCGCCGGCUGCCUGCGCGGCCGCGCCACCGACGGUCGUCUCGCCUGCCCGCUGUGCCAACACCAGACGGCGGUGAAGGGCCCCAGCGGGCUCCCUCCGGUGGAUCGGCUGCUGCAGUUCCUGGUGGCCAGCUCAGGGGAUGGCACGGAGGUGGUGCACUGUGCCAACUGUGACCUGGAGUGCACUAAGCAGGAUGCGGAGACCACGUACUUCUGCAACACGUGUGGGCAGCCACUGUGCGCGCGCUGCCGCGAGGAGACGCACCAGGCACGCAUGUUCGCGCGCCAUGACAUCGUGGCCCUGGGCCAGCGCAGCCGCGACGUGCUCCAGAAGUGCACGCUGCACGCGGAGCCCUACAUCAUGUUCUCCACCGACAAGAAGUCGCUGCUGUGCAUCCGCUGCUUCCGGGACAUGCAGGGGGAGAGCCGGGCGCACUGCGUGGACCUCGAGUCAGCAUACGUGCAGGGCUGCGAGCGGCUGGAGCAGGCGGUGCUGGCCGUGAAGGCCCUGCAGACCGCCACGCGGGAGGCCAUCGCGCUGCUGCAGGCCAUGGUAGAGGAGGUGCGGCGCAGUGCAGCCGAGGAGGAGGCCGCCAUCCAUGCCCUAUUCGGCAGCAUGCAGGACAAACUGGCAGAGAAGAAAAUGCUGUUGCUGCAGGCUGUGCAGAGCCAAUAUGAAGAGAAGGACAAGGCCUUCAAGGACCAGCUCUCCCAUCUGGCCACUCUACUGCCCACACUGCAAGUCCACCUGGUCAUCUGCUCUUCCUUCCUCAGUUUGGCCAGUAAGGCUGAGUUCCUGGACCUGGGCUAUGAGCUGAUGGAGAGGCUGCAGGGCAUUGUCACCCGUCCCCAGCACCUCCGGCCAGCACAGAAUAGCAAGAUCACCAGUGACUACCGCGCUGAGUUUGCACGCUGCCUGGAGCCACUGCUGCUGCUGGGGCCUCACCAGGUGACAGGUGCUGGGAGCAGCACCAACAUGCUAGCAGCAGGCUCAGGCUCCAAGGUGUUGAUGGUGCCCAGCCGCCCUUCCCCAGUGGGAAAGACAUUGGGGUCGCUGGUCCAAAAGCCCACACUGCACCGGUCCAUCAGCACCAAGGUGCUGCUGGCAGAGGGGGAGGACACAGCCUUCACAGAGCACUGCCGCCACUAUGAGGGCUCCUACCGGCGCCUGCAGGCAGAGAUACAGAACCUGAAGGACCAGGUACAAGAGUUGCACCGGGGCCUCACCAAGCACCACUCACUCAUCAAGGCCGAGAUCAUGGGAGACAUCCUGCACAGGUCCCUGCAGGUGGACGCACAGAUUGCCUCGGAGUAUGCGGCCCUGGAGGGGAUGAGAGCAGUCUUUCAGGAGAUUUGGGAGGAAUCCUACCAGCGGGUGGCUAACGAACAGGAGAUUUACGAAGCCCAGCUCCAUGACCUUCUCCAGCUGAAGCAAGAGAAUGCAUAUCUGACCACCUUCACCAAGCAGAUCACACCCUACGUCCGCUCCAUUGCCAAGGUGAAGGAGCGGCUGGAGCCAAGGUUUCAGGUGCCAGCGGACGAGCAGUUGGGGUACCUACAAAACAUGCAUGAUGACAGCACCAACAGUGAGACUCAGGCCAGGAAUGACCUGGUGAGUGUCACAGAGAAGAGAGAGAAAAUACCAGAACCCAGAGGGAACAGCAGGACUCUGAACAGCCUCACAGAAGAGCCUCCACUCAAGAAUAAAGAUCCUCAUAGACCCAGGCAGAAAAAUGGGGGUGAUGUCCCCACACGGAGAGAGCACCCGACUUAGCAAAUGGGACUGGUCCUGAGGGUUGGGCAUUUUACAGCAUGCACAUCAAGACUGGAAUGUUUAAGAAAAAGUUGUUCCCAUCAUGAAAUAAAGGGUAAUCACUAAUCAGCAGAAAAAUCCAGAGUCUGAUGGGUCCUAAUUUCAGAUUCUUUGGCUAAGUGAGCUAAGCUUCACUCUUCCCUGCGUUCACAUUGCACAAAGCCUUGGUCCUCAUCAUGGACACUGGGGACGACCAGUCCACGUGGAAAAUGUGAAAAAAGUGAACAUCCAGUGCAAGUCCUUCACCACUCUGGCAUCUCUGUAACGUCUGUGUGCGGGUGCACCUGUCUAAACUUUAGAUAACAAGACUACAAUACUGUGUGGCACCUGCUCCACCUCAAAUGAAUUCAGGGUGUCCUGAACCAUGGCCCUGCUGGCAAGUUCUACCCAGUAAUCUAAGCACUGACUCAGCAAAAAUGAAAAACCAUUGCUCCAGUUUUCUCCUUUCAGGCAAGUACUGAGUUCACCAAGUGAAGGAGAAGAGGCUGGCGGCAUGUGUGGCAGGAGAUGGUCGCGACAACUUCUCCACAACUUUUCCCUGCUUUUCCAGACGACUGUCACUCUCUUGUGUUCACCUUCUAUUGAAAGUAAAGGACAAUCCAGAAGUGACUUUCCCACUCCUGCACAGUGCUGCUUCUAUCAGGUGCAACUUCAGGUGCUUAAAAAGGAAAAUUAACCCAGAUGACCUAUAAUUUAAAGUUUUGGAGGUAAAAUGCCCACACAGUCACAUUUUAAGCAGAUAUCCAGCUUGAUUCGGUAGUUCCAACAGUGAAUGGCUUCCAUACGCCAGGUCGGCCCACAAUGAAUACAUGAAAACAUCACAUCAAUACCCAACACCUCUGCACCUGCUGUUCUGGAGCAUUGGCAUUCUCAUUCAAGAGCAUCACAAACCCACAGGAGCCUAAAGGGCAGGAGGAACCUGUCUAAGGAACUGGUUAGAGAUUAGAAUUCAGAAUGGAGUUGAGUGGGCCAAAAUACCAAACCAAACCAAAAUACAUCUGGUUUUGUGCUGUAGGUACCAGACAUUUCUUAGCCAGAGGGGACAUGAUCUUAGUUUCUAUAUCCCAGACAAUCACACUAUGGUUCAUAGUGAAAUCAAGUACAGUUUUAUUUAAGAAUUGGAAAGAAUAUUCAGUAUCUGUGAAAGAAAAUCCAAUUUAAAAUAUUUAAAUAAACAUUUCUGCAUGUAAAAAGAAGAGUAGAAUAAUUACUCCAUUAAAUUACUCUCCUAGCUACGGGACGGCUUCCUCUAGAGCAAGCGCUUGGGAUCACCCUGAAGGCUGGCCCUCCAAGCCCAGGGCAACGCGUCAAGCUCUCACAGCAGGGCACAGAGAGCAAGCCUCUCCCACCAACCUCAUCAAGUCACUAUAGAAGCGAGAUACGGUGGGAGAGCACGAGUAUCUAAGGCAGUAAGAAAGUGCAGAGAAGGGACAGUGGUUUACUGUAGGUACAGUAAACCACUGAGGGUACAGAGGGACUGCUACCAGAUGAGCUUGAGCUACGGCCAACCCUCCGGAGCCUAAGCUAUUAACACAUGUAUUGAUUUAGGAAUAUUUUCCUAUCAUGUCAAUCACUCAGAGUGUUAAAUAAAUGGAAAGGAUUAAUAAUAAA